AUGGGCUGCACCGCUGAGAUGGGUAUCUGUCACGCCUCGGAGUUAGAGCACGUGUUCGGCCUACCGGUGCUCAUGCACUCCGAUGACAUGGCCUUCAGCGAGAGUGUGGUUAAAAUGUGGACCAAUUUCGCAAAGACAGGAAAACCAAUGGAUGGGACGGCAUUCAAAUGGCCCCGACUUAUAGAAGCUGGUGUUGCGGACCCGGUGUCAAAAAUUAAGGAGAUUAACCCCUCGACACCCGACCAUAUCAUUGAGAAAUUAUUUGCUAAAACAUGUGACGGAUUUUGGAGGGAUUAUUUCAAUGAGAUAUAA